AUGGAUAGUGAGACAAGGGUGCACCCGGACUGUAUAAAAGCUUCGAAUCCUUAUCACGAGUGUGUCGAGUAUUGCUUUAAAAAAAUAGCUGAAGCAAAGACCAGAUUGGAGAAGGAAGGAUUAGUUGAAGCUGUUGGUGGACGCGGUUACCCGUAUGCUAAAGUUCACGAGCAGGCAAGGGAGUCGCUUGAUGAUAAAAGAAUAGAGGAAGAGAGUUCUGAAGAAGAUGAGGAAGAGGAUAACCAAGAACCUGAAGUAGAUGUGACCCAACUUACUGGGAGGAAGAAGAAAUUUUUUGAGGACUUAAGAUGGAAAUCCAAUCAGACAGAUGUCGGAUCUGAAAAGAAGAAAAUGGAAGCACCAACGGAGACAAAAGGCAUCUCAAAACAGAAAUGGUUGGAGGAGAGGAAGAAAAAGAUUGGGAAACUUCUCGAUGCUAAUGGUUUAGAUAUGACAAAGGCGUAUAUGCUCGCUACUCAAGAAGCAGCGGAAACAAACUACAAAAAAUGGGAAAAAGAACCUAAACCUUCUGGUUGGGAUGUCUUCAACCAGAAGACGUUGUACAAUGCAUAUAAGAAACGGACAAAGAACAUUCAGGUCGAUCUAGAGGAGUAUAACAGAAUGAGAGCAGCUGAUCUAGAGUUUUACCGCGAAGCCUCAAGCUUGCAAUACGGGAAGAUUGAAAGACAAAAAACUAGGGACCACAUAGGCUACAUGGCAUGUUAG